AUGUCGAGCAAACGCGCAAAGGGGAAGACCACCAAGAAGCGCCCCCAGAGGGCCACGUCCAACGUGUUCGCCAUGUUCGACCAGUCUCAGAUCCAGGAGUUCAAGGAGGCCUUCAACAUGAUCGACCAGAACCGAGACGGCUUCAUCGACAAGGAGGAUCUGCACGAUAUGCUGGCCUCACUGGGUAAGACAUGGGCCAGGGGCCAAAUGGGAACCAAUAGGAAACUGUUGUUAGAGGGUUGACUAUAUUCUAUAUACAAGACCUAAACAUUCAACUCAUGAGUUGAAAAUCUAAUUGAAUUGGCCACACCCCAAAGAAUGUAGAGUUUGAGUGCAAUUCAAAGAAAUUCCACUGUCAUAGAACAUGCGUUUCAUUGAAUCUGUAUUGCAACAGAAAUGCAUUUCCCAGCUAAAUACUAGUAUACUGUAAAAUAGAGAUAUAACAAUAAGCAGACAGAUCAAUAAUAACAUUUAACCAUAAUCUACCAAAUCAAACCAAAGCCUGACCUAGUUAAUCAAUGGCUACUGUUGAACAAAAUUCAGAUUUGACCACUUAACGACAUGCUCCGGAACCUUGGCGACUACUAAGUAUUUUUUAAACCUCCCGCUUUGGGCUGGAUGUGUCAAUUUGUAGUUCAUACAUGCAUAUCCUAUGAGUAGAAUUACUGUCUUACCUCAAUUAGCCACAAAAUCCCUAGUUUGAAAGCAACUGUUUUUCUGGAUGUUGUGCUGCGCCAUUUUCCCUAUAUUUUCCCCCAAGUAGGCCAGCCCCCUAGAAAUUUGAGUUCAACCAAUGAGCUUCAGCCCCUCGCCAUAUGACUGACGGCUAGCAAGAGGCACAUCAUGCACCCACAGUGAGAGAGAGAGCAAUGACGUGGUGCACAGUGUGAAAUAAUGUGCAAUUUUCGGGGACCACUUUUGGCUAGUGAGGCUACUUUCAGAACUACUGGCUAAAAAGUAUACAAAAGUACAGGAGAAUCUCUUAAACGUUGACCAUGGUGUGUGUGUUUUGUUGUGGUCCCCAGGUAAGAACCCGUCUGAUGAGUACCUGGAGGGGAUGAUGGCCGAGGCGCCGGGGCCCAUCAACUUCACCAUGUUCCUCACCAUGUUCGGAGAGCGCCUCAAUGGCACCGACCCCGAGGACGUCAUCCGCAACGCCUUUGCCUGCUUCGACGAGGAGGGCUCUGGUGAGACACACACACGCAAGCACACACACACACACGCAAGCACACACACACACAAACACACACACACACAAGCACAAACACACACACACGCAAGCACACACACAAACACUCUUCAAUGUCAACCUCUAGCCUCCACCCUCCACCAUAACAACAACAUCAAACACAAAAGGAAAAACAGAUAGAAUGGGAAAAUUAUAGGAAUGUAAUGAUUCACAGAUAUGCAUCGGUCCCCAGUUCAUAUGUUUAAAGUUGAACUAUGCAAAAAAUGCUCCACCUUUUCCUGGUUGCUAAAACUCUAAUUUCAGUUUAUGUAACAAAAUAAGCUAGUCUAGUGUAGAGAAUCAUUGUUCCAUCUAAACCGCUGUGAAAUAUAUUUUCCAUAACCAAAAAUAUUGUUGUUUCAGCUGUUUGAAGCUGGUGUACAAAACUGAAAGUAAAAGAAGCAAAAACAAAACUUAAGAACCGGAAGCAUAAAAAUAGGGCACAUAGAACAGAUCUACUGCUUCUUAGACUUGCUUUUAAGAAGGAUGACAGAUCCAUAACUCACAUUUCUAUGUAAAUUUGGUCGGGCCGCCCAAAAACUUACAUAUUGCUAAUUUAAAGGCCCACCUCAGAGGAAGUUGAUGCAUCAAUUUCGAGUAAUUCCUGUAAGUUGAAAAUCAUUAUUUCAGAAAAAGACUACCAGCCUACCUGUCAAGAGAUGAGUCUCAGAUAAACCGUGCAUAUAUGAGCUGUUGAUAUGUUGAGAGUUGCCGUUUGUCUGACUCUUGCCGUUUGAUAAUUCCAGUGAAAUCGCGUUGGAUUCCUUAUGUCAUUAAAAUUUUGACAUGCACACGGACGUGAUCAAAUAGCUACUGUAUAUUCUUCGUUCUCUCAUCAUUUCAGCUAGCUAUGUAUCAAUGGAUUAUCUAAAUUGCGCAGCUACAUUGAGGGAAAAAAGUAUUUGAUCCCCUGCUGAUUUUGUACGUUUGCCCACUGACAAAGAAAUGAUCAGUAAAUAAUUUUAAUGGUAGGUUUAUUUGAACAGUGAGAGACAGAAUAACAACAACAAAAUCCAAAAAAAUGCAUGUCAAAAAUGUUAUACAUUGAUUUCCAUUUUAAUGAGGGAAAUAAGUAUUUGACCCCCUCUCAAUCAGAAAGAUUUAUGGCUCCCAGGUGUCUUUUAUACAGGUAACGAGCUGAGAUUAGGAGCACACUCUUAAAAGGAGUGCUCCUAAUCUCCAUGCAAGAUCUCACCUCGUGGAGUUGCAAUGAUCAUGAGAACGGUGAGGAAUCAGCCCAGAACUACACGGGAGGAUCUUGUCAAUGAGCUCAAAGCAGCUGGGACCAUAGUCACCAAGAAAACAAUUGGUAACACACUACGCCGUGAAGGACUGAAAUCCUGCAGUGCCCGCAAGGUCCCCCUGCUCAAGAAAGCACAUAUACAGGCCCGUCUGAAGUUUGCCAAUGAACAUCUGAAUGAUUCAGAGGGGAACUGGGUGAAAGUGUUGCGGUCAGAUGAGACCAAAAUCGAGCUCUUUGGCAUCAACUCAACUCGCCGUGUUUGGAGGAGGAGGAAUGCUGCCUAUGACCCCAAGAACACCAUCCCCACCGUCAAACAUGGAGGUGGAAACAUUAUACUUUGGGGGUGUUUUUCUGCUAAGGGGACAGGACAACUUCACCGCAUCAAAGGGACGAUGGACGGGGCCAUGUACCGUCAAAUCUUGGGUGAGAACCUCCUUCCCUCAGCCAGGGCAUUGAAAAUGGGUCGUGGAUGGGUAUUCCAGCAUGACAAUGACCCAAAACACACGGCCAAGGCAACAAAGGAGUGGCUCAAGAAGAAGCACAUUAAGGUCCUGGAGUGGCCUAGCCAGUCUCCAGACCUUAAUCCCAUAGAAAAUCUGUGGAGGGAGCUGAAGGUUCGAGUUGCCAAACGUCAGCCUCGAAACCUUAAUGACUUGGAGAAGAUCUGCAAAGAGGAGUGGAACAAAAUCCCUCCUGAGAUGUGUGCAAACCUGGUGGCCAAAUACAAGAAACGUCUGACCUCUGUGAUUGCCAACAAGGGAUUUGCCACCAAGUACUAAGUCAUGUUUUGCAGAGGGGUCAAAUACUUAUUUCCCUCAUUAUAAUAAAAUGCAAAUCAAUUUAUAACAUUUGACAUGCGUUUUUCUGGAUUUUGUUGUUGUUAUUAAAUAAACCUACCAUUAAAAUUAUAGUGAUCAUGUCUUUGUCAGUGGGCAUUGUACAAAAUCAGCAGGGGAUCAAAUACUUUUUUCCUUCACUGUAUGUAUCACCGCAUUAUCUAAAUUGCGGCCGUGAAUCCGCCAUAGAAAUAGAAAGAAAAUUGCCGGUAAUAUGGAUGGCGUAACUAUUGAAAGGUUAUUCUUUAAAGUGUUAUGGCAGACUAUACCUAUUGGUGUAUUGCCGCCACCUACUGUACGGGGUAUUGAAACAAAACAAAAAUAAUAUAUUUCAUUGUGGGAAGGAGGGGGCUGAGGAUAAUACAAAAUACAAACAUUUGUGAGAACAACCAUCCCACUCCUUCAGUCACAUUCAAAUCACAUCCCCACACAGGCUCAGGUGCCUGUGAGGAAAGAGCAUUCAUCGACAGGAUUCCUUGUAAUGCCUCUGCAGAAAAGUUCCUGAGUCCCCAAAAAACGCUCAGCCACACUGUCAAUGAUGCCUAUUUUCUUCAAUAUCCUCUCCGUUUGCGCUGUGCAGUUGAAAACCAAAGUAAUAAACGCUACAAAGUCCACCUUCUUAACAUUCAACAUGUCAGGAUCCCUCUGUUGACAAGAAACAUCCUGUGUCUCUACUCCUACUACCAUUAUUUAUUCCACUUCACUCCUUUCUUCCACUCUUCUCAAUGUCUCUGGAUAGGAGACAUUCUGGACAGCCCUUAUUCUUGCCACCUCCGUCUCUCACAGGAAAUCUCAUAUAACCCAAAUACACGUGAGUAGGGAGAGACUCUUCAUAAAAAAACAAUAGAAUGGAUGGAGUGGGCUUCCAUCUGCCAUGCAGGUCAGUCGUUGUGCACUUGAUCCAAUUCUUCACGUAUAUCCUUUGCAUUUACGUCUAGCGCCACCCCAGCGAUAACAACAUUGAUAGGCGCCCUGCUUCGAAGAUCCACGCACAACACAUUCUAAUCCGACAUCUUCUUCAAAUCAAAUCAAAUUUUAUUGGUCACAUACACAUAUUUAGCAGAUGUUUUUUUAUUUUUUUAUUUUUUUAUAUGUUAUUGCGGGUGUAUCGAAAUACUUGUGUUCCUAGCUCCUAAAGUGCAGUAGUAUCUUAACAAUUCACAACAAUACACACACAAAUCUAAAAGUAAAAGAAUGGAAUUAAGAAAUAUAUAAAUAUUAGGACGAGCAAUGGAGUGGCAUUGACUAAAAUACAGUAGAAUAGAAUACAGUAUAUACAUAUGAAAUGAGUAAAGCAGUAUGUAAACAUUAUUAAAGUGAAUAGUGUUCCAUUAUUAAAGUGAUGAGUGAUUCCAUGUCUAUGUAUAUAGGGCAGCAGCCUCCAAGGUGCAGGGUUGAGUAACCGGGUGGUAGCAGGCUGUCCUGUAGCUCAGUUGGUAGAGCAUGGCGCUUGCAAUGCCAGGGUUGUGGGUUUGUUUCCCACGGAGGGCCAGUAUGAGAAAUUUAUGCAUUCACUAACUGUAAGUCGCUCUGGAUAAGAGAGUCUGCUAAAUGACUAAAAUGUAAAAUGUAGCCGGCUAGUGAUGACUAUUUAACAGUCUGUUGGCCUUGAGGUAGAAGCUGUUUUUCAGUCUCUCAGUCCCAGCUUUGAUGCACCUGUACUGACCUUGAACAGGCCUUGGCUCGGGUGGUUGAUGCCCUUGAUGAUCUUUUUGGCCUUCCUGUGACAUCGGGUGCUGUAGGUGUCCUGGAGGGUAGGCAGUGUGCCCCUGGUGAUGCGUUGGGCAGACGCACCACCCUCUGGAGAGCCCUGCGGUUGCGGGCGGUGCAGUUGCCGUACCAGGCAGUGAUACAGCCCGACAGGAUGCUCUCAAUUGUGCAUCAGUAAAGGUUUGUGAGGGUCUUAGUGGCCAAGCCAAAUUUCUUCAGCCUCCUGAGGUUGAAGAGAUGCUGUUGCGCCUUCUUCACCACACUGUCUGUGUGGGUGGACCAUUUCAGAUUGUCAGUGAUGUGUACGCCGAGGAACUUGAAGCUUUUCAACUUAUCCACUGCGGUCCCAUUGAUGUGGAUAGGGGCAUGCUCCCUCUGCUGUUUCCUGAAGUCCACGAUCAGCUCCUGGCACCACUCCGCCAGGGCCCUCACCUCCUCCCUGUAGGCUGUCUCGUCAUUGUUGGUAAUCAGGCCUACUGCUGUUGUGUCGUCUGCAAACUUGAUGAUUGAGUUGGAGGCGUGCGUGGCCACGCAGUCAUGGGUGAACAGGGAGUACAGGAGGGGGCUGAGCAUGCACCCUUGUGGGGCCCCUGGGUUGAGGAUCAGCAAAGUGGAGGUGUUGUUUCCUACAUUCACCACCUGGGGGGGGGGCCCGUCAGGAAGUUCAGGACCCAGUUGCACAGGGCGGGGUUCAGACCCAGGUCCCCGAGCUUAAUGAUGAGCUUGGAGGGUACUAUGGCGCUGAGCUAUCGUCAAUGAACAGCAUUCUUACAUAGGUGUUCCUCUUGUCCAGAUGGGAUAGGGCAGUGUGCAGUGCGAUGGGGGUCGCAUCGUCUGUGGAUCUAUUGGGGCGGUAUGCAAAUUGAAGUGGGUCUAGGGUGUCAAGUAAGGUAGAGGUGAUAUGGUCUUUAACUAGCCUCUCAAAGCACUUCACGAUGACAGAAGUGAAUGCUACGGGGCGAUAGUCAUUUAGUUCAGUUACCUUUGCUUUCUUGGGUACAGGAACAAUGGUGGACAUCUUGAAGCAAGUGGGGACAGCAGACUGGGAUAGGGAGAGAUUGAAUAUGUCCGUAAACACUCCAGCCAGCUGGUCUGCACAUGCUCUGAGGACGCAGCUAGGGAUUCCAUCUGGGCCGGCAGCCUUGCGAGGGUUAACACGCUUAAAUGUUUUACUCACGUUGGCCACAGAGAACAAGAGCCCACAGUCCUUGGGAGCGGGCCGCGUCGGUGGCACUGUGUUAUCCACAAAGCGGGCGAAGAAGGUGUUUAGCUUGUCCGGGAGCAAGACGUCGGUGUCCGAGACGUGGCUAGUUUUCCCUUUGUAAUGCGUGAUUGUCUGUAGACCCUGCCACAUACGUCUCGUGUCUGAGCCAUUGAAUUGCGACUCCACUUUGUCUCUGUACUGACGUUUUGCCUGUUUGAUUGCCUUACAGAGGGAAUAACUACACUGUUUGUAUUCAACCAUAUUCCCAGUCACCUUGCCAUGGUUAAAUGCGGUGGUUCGCGCUUUCAGUUUUGCGCGAAUGCUGCCAUCUAUCCACGGUUUGGGUAGGUUUUAACAGUCACAGUGGGAACAACAUCCCCUAUACACUUCCUGAUUAACUCAGUCACCGUGUCCGUGUAUAUGUCAAUGUUAUUCUCAGAGGCUACCCGAAACAUGGAUUCCGAUUGUUCAGACCAGCGUUGAAUAGACCUUAGCACGGGUACUUCCUGUUUGAGUUUCUGCCUAUAGUAAGGGAGGAGCAAAAUGGAGUCGUGAUCUGAUUUGCCGAAGGGAGAUUGGGGGAGGGCCGUGUAGGCAUCCCGGAAGGGGGAGUAACAGUGGUCAGCAUUUUAGCAACGCGAGUACUACAGUCAAUGUGUUGAUAGAACUUCGGUAGCCUUUUCCUCAAAUUUGCUUUGUUAAAAUCUCCAGCUACAAUAAAUGCGGCCUCAGGAUAUGUGGUUUUCAGUUUGCACAAAGUCCAGUGUAGUUCCUUGAGGGCCGUCGUGGUAUCGGCUUGAGUGGGAAUAUACACGGCUGUGACUAUAACCGAAGAGAAUUCUCUUGGGAGGUAAUACUGUCGGCAUUUGAUUGUGAGGUAUUCUAGGUCGGGUGAAAGAAAGGACUUGAGUUUCUGUACGUUAUAACAAUCACACCAUGAGUAGUUAAUCAUGAAACAUACACCACCGCCUUUCUUCUUCCCGAAGAGUUCUUUAUUCCUGUCUGCGCGAUAUACUGAGGACCCAGCUGGCUGUAUGGACGGGGACAGUAUAUCCAGAGAGAGCCAUGAUUCCGUGAAACAGAGUAUGUUACAGUCCCUGAUGUCUCUCUGGAAGGAGAUCCUCGCCCUGCGCUCAUCUACUUUAUUGUCCAGAGACUGAACAUCAGCGAGUAAUAUACUCGGAAGCGGUGGAUAAUGUGCACGCCUCCUGAGUCUGACUAGAAGUCCACUCCGAAUACCUCUUCUCUGGGGGGUACGCACAAAGGAUCCAAUUCGAGAAAGUCGUAUUCCAGGUCGUAAUGCUGGUGAGUUACCACCGCUCUGAUAUCCAAAAGUUAUUUCCGGCUGUAUGUAGUAACACAAAAAACGUUCUGGGCUAAUAAUGUAAGAAAUAACGCACAAAAAAACAAAAUACUGCAAAGUUGCUUAGAAGCUAGAAGCAGAGCUGCCAUGUCUGUCGGCGCCAUCUUGCCAAAUGAGGCGCAAAGCACGCUCCUUCUGUUUCCAUAGAAACAACAAAAUAAAACAAGCCCACUUCUCAUUAUUCUCAUCGACUCCAAUGCAUCCACAAUUUUAAUAGACUUCAAACGGAUCUCCCAGGUAACAACAUCGAUCCAAAACCCUUAUUCCAACCCCCCAAAAAUGAAUGGAUUUACUAGUCUCCAAUAAUAAUAAUAAUAUGCCAUUUAGCAGACGCUUUUAUCCAAAGCGUCUUACAGUCAUGCGUGCAGACAUUUUUUUGUGUAUGGGUGGUCCCGGGGAUCGAACCAUGGCGUUAUAAGCGCCGUGCUCUACCAGCUGAGCUACAGAGGACCACUUUACUUCUCUUAUUUCCUUUUGUGUUCGCCACUGUAAUCCAAUUAUUCUCACUCAUCUCCACGUCAUCCGAUUCAAACAGAACAUCCGCUUCUGCAAUUUUCCUCUAACGUCCCCUAUUGAACGGUUUGGAGCGUGUAUUGAAGCAAUGGGUGAGUUUGCCUUAAACUGUAGUGGCCAAAACUAUUCAUCUUGGGGCGAAUGAUCAUGUUUUUUUUAUGCAAACUUGGUAAAAAAUGAGUGAAAUUUGACAAAUUAUUCAAUGGGUUAUGAUAAUCUGCUGGUAAAAAACGGGGGGUGCACCCCCUAUUUUAAUUUUCUUCAUGGUAAGGCGGCCAAGUGUAAGGUCGUCACUAGUUAGCACAGCCACAAAGUCAUAAACCCUGUCUAUUUCUAAAUGUUCUCUUAUUAAAAUUGGAUUUUACCUUAACCCUAACCUUGACCAUACUGCUAAAUUUAGCCUAACCUUAAAUGAAUACCAAAAAACUCAUUUUUGUUUUCUUAUUAAAAUUGGAUUUUACCUUAACCCUAACCUUGACCAUACUGCUAAAUUUAGCCUAACCUUAAAUGAAUACCAAAAAACUCAUUUUUGUUUUCAUGAUUUCGUACGAUAUAGCCAAUUUUGACUUUGUGGCUGUUUUUAUCUAGUGGAAACCCAAGUGUAGGCUACAGAGAAAAGCUGUUUGGCUCUCAGACGACUCGUGAAUAGGAAGAACUUUGCAGCAGGUGUUUCUGAUCAAUAAACAUUGCCAUGCUGCGGGGUAGUAACAUUUAAAAUAAAACCCUGCCCUGAAACGAAAUGUAGGUUGAAAAGAACUUGCACGUUCUCUUAUAGGAAAAGACAAAUAGCCUAAAGGCGUCCGCAUGCUUCCCAUCCAAAACAGUUCGGCAAGGGUUUUUUCCUCUGUUCAUGCAGAUGACACAAGACGUUUCCGAAGUCUGCGCCCCUUCGUCAACAGUAGGGAUUCUUCAAUUAAGUGUUUGUUGUUAUUCAACGAGAGACUAAACGUUUUCCUGCAAAUUCUUUCACUUGAAAAAUACUGCACCAAACAUCUUACUUAGAUGUAAAAUUGCACAACUAAGAUCUCCUCAACAAAAAUGUCAAAAUUAAUGACAGAUUUCUUAAAUAUUGUUAGAUGAAUUACUGGCUACAGCGUCUCAAGAUGGGCAAACAGUACUAUUGCCACUUAUUUGUCGUUUUUCAAGCGAAGGUCUUUUAAGGGAUUAUGCGAGCACACUCGUUAGGUUGCGAAGCCCAAACCGAUUGGUUUACUUAUGUUGGUGGUCCUCUGUAGCUCAACUGGUAGAGCACGGCGCUUGUAACGCCAAGGUAGUGGGUUCGAUCCCCGGGACCACCCAUACACAAAAAAAAUGUAUGCACGCAUGACUGUAAGUCGCUUUGGAUAAAAGCGUCUGCUAAAUGGCAUAUUAUUAUUAUUAUUAUUAUGUUUUUUACUAAUAUUGUUUUAUUCCUAAAAUAGCUUCCUCUCCAUCAUUUCAGUAGCCCAGGGUUUCCCAAAGUCGAUCCUGGGCCCCCCCCUUGGUGUACGUUUUGGGUUUUGCCCUAGCACUACACAGCUGAUUCAAAUAAUCAAAGCUUGAUGAUGAGUUGGUUAUUUGAAUCAGCUGUGUAGUGUUAGGGGGGAGGGUGGACCCAACAGUUGAUAGGGGUUUUCAAUAAUUCCGAUUUUAUUUAGAUUGUUCAGAUUGACAAUAAGAAAUAGUUUUGGUAGUUUUGCUUUAAACAGUCAGGGUAUUUGGUCAUUUUUACAUGAACAGAGUAAUUCUUGGGAGUUGUGCAUGGUCACAUUCAUAUGGAAGCCUAUUCCUGCCACCCUAUUAUGAUUAUUAUUAUUUUACUGUUGAUACUAUCUCAAAAUGUGGAGAUACGCAAGUCAACAUUAGUAUCUAAAAAUGUCUAGAUAGUAGAACAUACAUAUCGGUAGGAUAUGUUUCUUUAUUUGUAGCAUUAUGUGGCGAUUUUCAUCUAUCCAUGUUGCAGAGAUCAGCAAACGUGUGGCGAGCUGGCAUAUUCCCCAACACUUUUGAUUCAGUUUGAUUUAAAAAUAUUGACAUCAAAGUUUUGAAAAUAGGGACAAAAUACUGUUCUUUAGACUGAUUUGCCUCAUGAUUUAGCAACUCGUGUACAAUUAAUCUGUGCUUUCUGUCUGAUCAACUGUAGCCUAUGUGAGAGCAAAAAUGACUAGAUUAUGUUAUAAUACUGCUAUUGCAUCAAAUGGUUGUUUUCUGCAAUAUAAUAGGGUUCUUAGAACUCUCAUGUGUCUGUGUUAACACUGACAGUAGAUGUACGAUGCCUUAGGUGAUAAACCUAACAAGCCACAUUCCAUUCAUGUGAGGAAGAUGGCUCCGGUCUGACUGAGCCUGCAGUUUUUAGACUGAAUUGGUGUUUGUGUAUAAUGAGGUACCAGGGAGAGAUGGCUCGAGUAUGGAUAAUGAUGAGAGGAAGCUUGUCUUAGGGGCCAAACUCUGGUUUCUGUACAAUAAGAACGGUCUUCACGGCAAAUGCUAUUUGGCUGGGGGAUACUCCUUUCUCAUAUAUCAAGUCUCACCUUGUGACCAAAUCCAUACAUCUGUUAUUUGUCAUGUAGACUAAGAGGGUGUAUCUUUGCUAUAAAAUAUAUUUGUAUUCUUUGUUUCGGGGCUCUCAGCCCAACGGCUGUUGGGCCGACCAGCCUCGGUUAUUACCUUAUUAAUAAGUUUUGAAUAAAGUAAUAUCCUGAUUGGUGAUUGACCUUGUCUCUCCUCAUUAUUGAUUAGAAAUUCCACUACACCUACUGAUAACAGCUGCAGGUAGCCUAGAGAAGCCUAUGCGCUCUGAUCCCCUCUGGCCAGGGGACACGAGUGGUAACGUCAUGUAUUUAUAGCCUAAGCUAUGUAUUUAUAGCCUAAAAUAGGACUAUUUAUAUAUGUUAAGAGAAAAUGUGAAUGUGAUCAAAUUUGGUUUAUAUUCAAACUUCGGGUGGCUAGGCUACCUAGACAAUAGCAAUGACAUACUGUGUGAGUAACUUUUUCAUUACAGAUGCAAAGGCCUACAUGAUGCAACCCUGCCUAAAGCAAACUCAGCCCUGUUAGUUCUAUUGUCCAAUUUUUUAAAAACCAUAUGACCUGAUUAGAAAUAAUCUCGUCCCAUCAUAACAGAUUUAUUACUAUGUCAUACCAUCCAACUAGGGUGCAGAGUUUUAGCUGGUUAGGUUAGCCCAGUGGUUCUCAAACCUCUCCUCGGGGACUCCCAGACAUUUCACAAUUUUGUUUUAGCCCUGAAAUAGUUCAUCUGAUUCACCUAAUCAAGGGUUAGUUGACAAGUUGAAUCAGGUGUGCUAGUUCUGGAAUAGAUCAAAUACAUGAACUGGCUGAGGGUCCCCGAGGAGAGGUUUGAGAACCACAGGGUUAGCCUACCAGAUCAGGAAAUCUCUGGGCCCCAGGAAAAGCAAAUCUUGAAAUGUUUACUUACGUAUCUUGAAAUCUCGACUUAUUUCGUGUUGGUCUGAUGUUUCAUGAGCUGAAAUAAAAGAUCCCAGAAAUGUUCCAUACGCACAAAAAGCAUACGUAUUUCUUUCAAAUUUUGUUUGCAUCCCUGUUAGUGAGCAUUUCUCCUUUGCCAAGAUAAACCAUCCACCUGAUAGGUGUGGCAUAUCAAGAAGCUGAUUAAACAGCAUGAUCAUUACGCAGGUGCACCUUGUGCUGUGGUCAAUAAAACGCCACUCUAAAAUGUGCCACAUACGUCUCAACUUUUGAGGGAGCGUGCAAUUGGCAUGCUGACUGCAGGAAUGUCCACCAGAGCUGUUGUCAGAUAAUUGAAUGAUAAUUUCUCUACCAUAAGCUGCCUCCAACGUUGUUUUAGAGAAUUUGGCAGUAUGUCCAACUGGCCUCACAACCACAGACCACGUGUAACCACGCCAGCCCAGGAUCUCCACAUACGGCUUCUUCACCUGCUGGAUCGUCUGAGACCAGCCACCCGGACAGCUGAAGAAACUGUGGGUUUGCACAACAGAAUAAUUUCUGCACAAACUGUCAGAAACUGUCUCCGGGAAGCUCAUCUGCGUCCUUGUCAUUUAAUAGACGCUCUUAUCCAGAGCGACUUACAGGAGCAAUUAGGGUUAAGUGCCUUGGUCAAGGGCACAUCGACAGAUUUUUCACCUAGUCGGCUCGGGGAUUAGAACCAGCGACCUUUCGGUUACUGGCACAACGCUCUUAACCACUAAGCUACCUGCCGCCACAGUGUGCAAAUGCUCACCUUUGAUGGCCACUGGCACGCUGGAGAAGUGUGCUCUUCAUGGAUGAAUCCCGGUUUCAACCGUACCGGGCAGAUGACGAGCGGUUUGCUGAUUUCAACAUUUUGAAAAGAGUGCCCAUGGUGGCGUUGAGGUUAUGGUAUGGGCAGGCAUAAGCUACGGACAACGAACACAAUUGCAUUUUAUCGAUGGCAAUUUCAAUGCACAGAGUUACCGUGACGAGAUCCUGAGGCCAAUUGUUGUGCCAUCCAUCCGCCGCCAUCCCCCCAUGUCGCAAGGAUCUGCACACAAAAAUGUCCCAGUUCUUCCAUGGCCUGCAUACUCACCAGACAUGUCACCCAUUGAGCAUGUUUGGGAUGCUCUGGAUCAACAUGUACGACAGCGUUUUCCAGUUCCCCGCCAAUAUCCAGGAACUUCGCACAGAAGAGGAGUGGGACAACAUUCCACAGGCCACAAUCAACAGCCUGAUCAACUCCAUGCGAAUAAGAUGUUGCGCUGCAUGAGGCACUGAGUGUUUUUCUGAUCCACGGCCCUCUUUUUUUAAGGUAUAUGUGACCAACAGAUGCAUAUCUGUAUUCCCAGUCAUGUGAAAUCCAUAGAUUAGGGCAGUGUUUCCCAAACUCGGUCCUAGGGACCCCAAGGGGUGCAUGUUUAGUUUUUUGCCCUACACUCUUAGAAAAAAGCUGCUAUCUAGAACCUAAAAUGGGAAUUCGGCUGUCGCUAUAGGAGAACCCAUUGAAGAACCCCAUUUGGUUCCAGGUAGAACCAUUUUGGGCUCAUCAUUAAGCUUUGAUUAUUUGAAUCAGCUGUGUAGUGCUAGGGCAAAAAAGAAAAACGUGCACCCCUUGGGGGCCCCAGGACCAAGUUUGGGAAACACUGGAUUAGGGCCUAAUGAAUUUAUUUCAAUUGACUGAUUUCCUUAUAUGAACUGUAACUCAGUAAAAUCUUUGAAAUUGUUACAUGUUGCUUAUUUUUUUUUUUUUAUCAGUGUAGUAUCUUGAAAUGUGUAGAUAGUAAAAAUACACAAAACAAAAUGGUGUCGGGAAUGGCCUUCCAUACAUUCACUGGUCUGAGCAGGAGAAGCUCUAAGUAAAAUUCCAAAAGGUCUACCAUUCGCUUUUGAGACGGGGUAAAAAUCCCAAACUCAUUAUAUGAAUUGGCUAAAUGCCAUGUGAAUUUCUAAAGAUAAAUAUUAACAUAGUACUAGCUCAAAAAAAAAAAUACCAGUAAAAAUGACAAGUUAAUCAGUGUGUGAUAGUGAUUUCAGAUAGAAAAGUGGGGGGACAAAAAGCAUAAAUUGUGCCCACCACUAAUCUGAUAGUGGGGUGGUAAUGCACAGUCUGCCCUAUGGCUCAGCUCAGGUGCCUACACACACCAUUGACAUUAACACACACACACACUUCUUAAGCUGAGGGCCACUCAGCGAUAUUAAUCGAAAAUGGAAAAUUGUGUUCAUGCAAAAAAAUAUAGUGAAUCGUAUCGGAGCCCAUGUAUCGAAUCGUUCAUGAAAGGAGAGAUGCACAUCCGUCGAAAAUUAGCUUGAUGUAGGUUGUGCAAAGUCAUAGCCUGUAGCCUGGUCUAGAUCUGUAGCUAGAGCUGAUCAACCCUUCUGAGCACAUACAGACUACAGGACCAGAGAUAUACAGGCUACAACCCAUUAUCCACUAGGCUGAGUCCCAGAUCUGUUUGUGCUGUCUUAUUCCAUGGUUGGCACGACAACGACAACACUAGGAGUCCACUAAGCAUAGAGUGACACAGGCCCACUAACUCUCCCCUGUUUGCAGGAGUGAUCCACGAGGACCACCUGCGGGAGCUGCUGACCACCAUGGGUGACCGCUUCACCGACGAGGAGGUUGACGAGCUAUUUCGCGAGGCGCCCAUCGACAAGAAGGGCAACUUCAACUACGCC